AACAACAGGAACCUUUAACUGUAAGUCUCUGUCAGCACCUUCCUCCGUUUCGUUGUUUUAGGGUUAGGCUUAGCGUCUAUUUCUAUUUGUUGUUCUACAAUGAAAUUGGGGGUUUACAAUUCACUUCUGUCCCAAACCCUAGAUUGAUUACCCAAUACUCGCAAUUGUUUUUCUUUCUUGAAAAUGGAUUCAGCUGAUCCUUCUAAGGGCAUGAGCACGCUUGACGCGACCAUGGAAGAUAGCUGCGGUGCCCGACCUAAGGCAACGUGGAAGAAAAUGGGGCCUGUAGAGAAGGAGGCAUCUGUGCACGAAGAAAUGAAGAGGAUGCAGAAGCUGCCAGCAAACAGUACUUAUGUCACUCAUAGGUUGCGGGUUCUCAACAAAAUUCUGCAGCUUUUGUCCAUUCAGAGAACUGCAUCACAAGAACGGGAGUUGGAGUUGCUUUUUGCUGGGCUUUCUCUGUGAACCCAACCAACCUUUUUCAGGCAGUAGUCAGUUCCAGUUGAAAUUUUAUUUUGUGGAGUUAGAUAUAUGUGACUACUAUUUUAGUGCUCUGUUUGAACCGGCUGACAAAUAGUUUAAUUAUUUGUUGUGUUUGAUAUAUGUAUAUACUGUUAAAACAUGAAACAAAAUAGCUCAUGGUAUAGGAAAAGUUUAUUUUAUUAUCCGUUCACUUGGAUCCUCAUUUUCUUCCCAAAAGAAGGAAGGGGAGUAAUCUGCGUACAAUGGAAAAUGCAAGCGCUGUUUCAUGUAAAGACGGAUAGAGAAAUGUAUUGGUUUUGGCUGAA